AUGUCUGGCAUUUGUAGAGCUCGUCUUGCUGAAGAGCGGAAGCAGUGGCGGAAAGAUCACCCCUUCGGAUUCUACGCGAAACCCACGAAAGCGCCAGAUGGGUCUAUGAAUCUGUUGGAGUGGGAGGUCGGUAUACCCGGGAAGACUGGGACCGCUUGGGAAGGAGGCGUUUACAAACUUAUGAUGGUAUUCCCUGAAGACUAUCCGUCGAAACCACCCAAAUGCAAGUUCUCUCCACCACUGUUCCACCCCAAUGUGUAUCCAUCUGGAACCGUCUGUCUGUCUAUCCUUGACGAAGAGAAGUCGUGGAAGCCUGCAAUUACUAUUAAACAGGUGCUGCUUGGCAUCCAGGAACUAUUAAAUGAUCCCAACGUGAAUGAUCCUGCCCAAAGCGAUGCGUAUACGAUGUUCAAGAACGACAAGAUAGCUUAUGAGCGCAAGGUUCGACAACAAGCGCGCGACAAUAUACCGAAAUGA